GCAGCAGAUCCCAGCUAUGAGGAUCCGUCCCUGGAGAAGAAGGAGUCCGAGGUGGAGGAAGCCAAGGCGAUCAUAGCUCAGCGGUCGGGGAACCCUCGAGAGUUCUUCAAGCUGAAGGAGAAGGCCGUUUCCUGCUGUGUGGACUCCACUGUGUCCCCAGUAUCCAUCCACAGGACAGGCCGCUUGGACAGUCCGUUCUUCAAGCAGAGCCCCAGCGAACCCAGUACGCCCCCCCUCCGCACCCCGCCCCACACCAGGAAGCAGCCCCGCGCUGCAGCCGAUGACGACGAUGAAGCGAGCCUCGACCGCGGCAUGGCAGCUGUGUCUCCCAUCCCCAAAAUAGUCACCACCCCCAUCCAGGAAGACAAGGAGGAGGACAGGAACGAGUGGGGCUGUGAGCCCAAACAGCGGGCGCCGGUCCAGGAGUCCACUCCCACCAAGCCCGUUCAGAGUGUGGCACCCCGGGCCCGCGACUCCGCCCAUGGCGACGAUGACUCCUUCUCAGGCGUCCGCGCGCCCGGCCAGCAGGAGAGAGACAGCUUGGUCGACCUAUGGGACGGUGGCCCCACCCCUGGCCCCGCCCCCUCCCAGUCCUCCCAAAUCAGGGACACGAUGGGUGGCGCUGGCGCCCGCCCCUCUGACCCGCCGCCACCCAGGCCGCAGCCCCUCCUCAGCUUUGACGAGAUGGGGGAUGCCGCGUUGUGUGGGGGCCCGGGGGGCCCGGAGGAGGACCCUUCCAGUCUGGUGGACCUGGCCGGAUCCCACCAGAUGACCCUGAGCUACCAGCAUGCACUGCAGCACGCCUCGGAUGACGGACAGCUGCUCAUGACCAAUGGGGAGGCCAUGUUGAAGGAGGGCACACAGGCCAGUGAGGGUUACUUCAGCCAAUCCCAGGAAGAGGACUUUGAUGGUUCUGCUAAACCUACGCCAGUGUUUUAUAACAAGCCACCAGAGAUUGACAUCACGUGCUGGGACACAGACCCUGUGAUGGAUGAUGAUGACUAGACUGAAGAUUGGACCAAUGGUGGGAGGAGGGAACUACGCAUCAUCAAGAAACCGUUUUUUUUCCCCUUUUCUAUAAGUAAUAACAAGUCUUGCAUCAAAAAACAAAAAUUCUGUACAAUGUUCUAGAGAAGAAAAAAAGAUUGUUAGCCACAGAAAAAGGUUUUUUGAGUUACUGUUAAAGAUGCCGUCGGGUUUACAAACUCCUUUUCUUUACACCUUAAUUAUUUUUUGUAUUUAUUCGAUUUACUCCUGUUGUCGCUAUGCAGAUAAUAGCUGGGAGCAAGGGCGUGUCUUGGUUACAGUCUGUGUAUACAGCAUUGUAGUGCUUCGCUGUAUAGUUAGAUCAGACAGGGUAAUAAUGACCCUUCAAUAGGCCUCAGUACAGCCCCCCCCCCCCCCCCCUCUAUAUUUGGGAUGAAACAAUUGCCCCCCACUCUACCCCUCCCUCUCUCAAUCCCAGCCCCAGUAACUCUGGACCCCUCACUGUAGUAAACCCCAAAUAUAUACCCACAAAUGCAUCCCUUAAAUCUGUUUUGUGACGUGCCAAUUUCACUUUAUAUGAAAUUAUGUAUUACUGUCGUUUUUAAUAUUGUGUUGACUCAUUCUCCAGGGUGAACGUACUCAAAUGAACAGGAGGAAAGAUAUGUAUAUUUUGACUACCUAUAAAAAGUGUAGUAGAAUUGAUAUUCCGGAACUUUGGAUAUUAGUGGCAAUUGUGAUAGUCUGUCUGUAUCAGAGUCCAUUCGAACCGAUAGGCAAUAAUAACCGUGGUCGAGCCUCUAGUGCACUAGGGAUAGGGAUCCGGAAGUUCUGGAGUUCCGGUCAUGUAGACCUAACGGUGCAGCUUGUCUCAUGUUCCGUUUUCUAGCUAGAGAGACGCUCCUCUCGGCUUUGUAACUGUGUGACAGAGGCCUCCUUCUCUAACGUAGUGUUUAGCCAACAUGCAUAACAGUUUCUCCUUGCUUUCGAUGUUUGUUUGCUUUUUAGUUCCGUUGAAUUUCUUCGUUCUGUUCGACAGUGUGGUUCUCAUUCCUCGCCCGUAGGUGUCGUCAGUUAGACACGAUUCGGUUCCCAGUUGUAGCCUACAGCCCCCCGCUAGAGAACGCCGCUGUGUUUCUACACGGUCCUCAUUCCACUAUCCACGUUAAAACCCUGUCGAUCAACUACAACCAAACACAUUUGACGGACGAGCUUUGCAAGUUUUUGAUAUUGAUCUAAGACUCGUUACUUUAAGUAUUGCAGCUGUACAAUGUUUCGAUUCAAUGGUGCGACAUAACCCCAACAUGGCAUAGAGACUGUCUUCCUUGUCUUCCUUGGUUCUGACACCCCUUUUCGCCUGGCUCCACAAAUCCCACCGCUUGAGUUCCGCUUCCAAAUUCUCUGUUCUCAUUCCGAUUCUGAGGCACUAUGUUUUUUUUAACCUCCGAUUUGAAUUAGAUCAGAAUGUCAUCUCAGAUUUCUGGUAGAAUCUAGAACUAGAAGCAAUAAUAAUUUGAACCAAUGUGGUAUUGUCUUGUAAAUAGCCUUGAUUUUAACUACAAUCUAAUAAAAAAUAAAA